UUUAGGCCCCACCUGCUAAAGAGUCUGUAGGGGGUGUAAAGUACAUUCUGAGACUCUCGGAUUGGCCUUGUAACAAAACCAAGAGAAAGAAACAAAAAACUAUGAAUCAAACCUAUAAUGCAUCAAUAACAUAUUCAGAGGCCAGGAUUUCCAUUAUUGCAGUUAACAAGGUUGGACAUUCACCACGACAGCAGCUCAUCAUUCCCGCUGUGAAACAUCUGAACUACUGCGACUCUGACAUGCCCUCAAAUAUCACCAAGGCUGAUAAUAAUACCUGCUUAGAAUGGUACAAGCUGGAAGACGGUGAGACCCGACCAAGGACCGUAUAUAGCUCAGACAAAAAAUUGCUCAAGGACAUAAAAAAUGAGGUGGAGCAUUUUGUACGUCAUUAUUACUUUCUUCACACCAUAAGAAAUAAACAGUUUCAAACUGCCGUUAUGUGUCCUUUUUACUCAAAACAGAAAGCACCUGUUAAUGGUCCAGCCAAUGCGAAUGUUUCUGAUGUCACACAUGAAUCAGCUGUGGUAAGCUGGCUUUCUAUUCCUGUGGCGGAGCAGCAAGGAUUUCUACAGCAUUAUGUCAUUUGGAUAUCUGGACAGGGAAACACAAAGUUCCAUAAAGUCCCAGCAAAUAAAACCAGCUUCCUGAUCAAGGACCUCCACCCAGGGGCCUCUUACACUGUAUCUAUAUCUGGAAGGACAGAAGCUGGUAAUGGGCCGAACUCAACGGUGAAUUUUGAAACACACUCCAAAGAAAUGGGUUUAUCGUGGCAGGACCAAACCAUCCUGAUCGUCUGCGUGGUUGCCCUCUUGUGUACUAUAAUCUGCUCCGUAGCUGCCAGGAGGUGAGAUUGCCAUAACCCAGAACAGCUGAUUGAAGGCC